AUGUCUCGUCUUUCAUCAUCUACUCGGUCAUCCCAGGCCUCUAGUUAUUUUCGACGCUCAACAUCAGAUGAGGAUGGCUCAUGGCUCUCCGCCCCUGGUCCGUAUCGCGACUUGAUUGGCUCGCUUUGUGCAAGUCGCCCUGACUUGCGGAGUCGCGAUAAAACAAACGAAAGUGACUGGCCACCAACGUGCUAUAGUCCACGCGUUGUGGCCCUGGAGAUGCAAGCCAAUAGCGUCCACGAAUGUUUGAAGACCUCGGAUCCAAUUGAACUCGACCACCACAUCGAGUCGUACAAAGCCAAGGAGAGCGCAAAGAAGCGAAAAAUAUAUAUCUUGGAAGGCCUCAAUCCUGAGUUUAUCUCCGUCCUUGGCAAACACCUCAUGAUCCAUCCAACUCUUUUCACCGAUCACCUUUGGUGGGACGUCUAUUCCUGCACGGGGCAUACCAUGAAUAACACAGCACUGGCCAGUAGUGAGCAGGACUAUAUUUGCUUCGAGUAUCCUGAAGAAUUCUUGAUAAAUGUGGAGUCCCGGACCCGUGAUCUGUCUUAUUGUUUAAAGACUGGUAGAUUUACUACUAAGGCUAACCUGGGAGCCAAUCUUGCAACGCUUACCGUCGAUCGCAAGUGCAGCUUCUGGUCAUCGAAUUUGUCUGCAGAUGGGAGCUGGAACGCCGUCAUACUGUGCGAUCCCCCGCCUUUGGUAGUUGACCGAAAUAAGAACCAAAUGUUCGGCGAUCUCCAGCCUUGGGCCAAUGGAUAUAAUGACUUCUUACCUUUCGAGGAUCAGAUCAAAUGCCUUACAGGUCCGCCUAGGACUUCAAUGUUUGAUGAUCUUCACUAUUACUUAGAAGACCAUUAUAGGUACCUCAACUUGGAAGAACCCAGUGCCCCGGCGUUCUUUAUCGAAAAGAUAGUCUUGGAACACUUCCGUCGGCGACACGAUGUACUGAAGAUUGAAGUUUUAAGAAUGCAGAUUCAAUUGAUAGGCAGCGACCCAGAAAGUCUGACUGCUGCAGAUAUCGAGUCUCAACGACGAGAUGGCCAUUAUGACGAGGAGAGCUUGCAAGAGAAUUGCGAUAAGCUCUGUCGCAUUAUAGACCGCCUAAGCCCGUUAAAAACUAAGACCGUGAGUGAAAAUGGAAACUGGAAAGACACAAGGCCCAGGUUUGAAACCCUUUAUCGCCAAUUUGAAGUUUUACUGCAGCAAUGCAGGGCUACAAACUCCGCAAUCAUAGGCUUGGUCAGUCUUAUACAUGCAACAACUUCGACCAAGGAAGCAAUUGCGUCAAACAAGGAGGCAAAAAGGGCAAGGGUGCUGGUGCUGGUGGGGCUCGUCUUCGUGCCACUCUCUCUCGCAUCCUCGCUUUUCAGUAUGGCAGAACCCUAUAGUCCAGGACACCCUCACUUCUGGGUCUACUUCGUUGUAUCGGUGCCUUUGGCUAUAGCCACUGUUGCAACAUAUUUCAUCUACGAUUCGAGAAUGAUUGAGCACCUGCGAAAAUAA